AUGAGUGAGGUCCGGAAUACUGAUGAGGUUGUGGAGCACCAGAAGAAGUCGAACUUCACGUGGUCCUUAGCGGAUGAUAGCUCGCUUCGCAAAGCACUGCAUGAAUACCAAGGUCACUGUUUUGAUCGGGCGUCAAGACUCCAGCAUGAAAUAACAAUGGUAGGCCAGAAAACGUUAGAACUAAAUGCGGAACUCGAAUGCAUGAACGCUAACAUAAAUUACAUUGCUAACGUCAAAUUUAUGGAACAGCGUCUUGAUGAUGAUUACAAUACCUUGACGCCUUUGGGGAAAGCAGUGUUGGACAACUCAGCUGGCUUAAGAGAAGACACACUCACUACGCUGACUAAUGCGAUUCAUCAAGGAAUUGAGGAUGUCAGCAGCAUAUGCCUCGCUCUAAGCAUCAUUGGAUCCAGUGAAUUCUACAGCUCUAUCUCGUCUUCCGAAUUGAUUUCUAUAGAGCGUUCCCCGCAGCGGUCAACUAAGGUGUCAACGAGUUCAGCUUCACGUUCUCCUCCUCGAACACUGAUUGAAUGUUGUGGUGAAGGAAGAGUACAAGUGCCUGUACUUCCGCAUGGAAGAAACGUCGAAGUGCAGAAAGAUGCAGACAUGUUGCCGUCAUCGUUAAUCGCUAACUUCUGUACUAAAAAAUGCACUGCGAAUUUAGAUGGGCCUGCGGUACUUCGACAUCCUCCAGCGGUCCACCCAGAUCAAUUGACGCGAGUUCCGCUUCUUUGCACGGAGUCCGAUGAAGAUCAUGUUCGUCCCUUCGUGCAUACCAGUGGGAUUAAAAAGAAAUCUGUGAAUAACUUAAAUUGGGCUGGCGAACAAGGUGUGCCGACUGACGCAAACUUAGCUCAAGAACGGCUUCCAACAACACCUGAUCACAAGCGUUCUAACACGAAGUUCGGUUGUCCACCUUCACCAGAAGGUGUGAGUGUUUUGAUUUUCGUUGUCCUUGAGGUCAAAGAUACGACCUCAACAUCAGAUUCUUCCGUACUAGGCAAUAACUUUAUAGACGGAUUGUCGGUUCGAGAAUCGCUUUUCGAGUCCACCGAUGCUCAACAACAGAAUGUAGAUGUCAUCAUUGACAAACUAUUGGGAAAUACCGAAAGCUCGCCAAGUGUAGACCUUAAAGGAUCAUCUGAGAAGAUAUCAACAAGUAUGCAUAUUGCAAAGAAAUAUGCAGACAUGUUUGAUUCCGACAGCGACGAUGAACCUCUGUUCCCUCUGCGCCGUUCUUUGUUCAAUUCCGGUGUCAGUAAGGGAAUGCCUAGGAAUGACGUAGAUAAGGCGCCACCUGUUUCUUCCGUAAAUAGUCUGAAGAUCCUUGCUCAAUCAACUCACGAUAGAUGUCCUGAUAUCAGGACUGAACAGAACGCAGAAAGCAUAGAUGAGUUAGAGGUUCAAACGAAGUGUGUAAUAGACACCGAUGCGAAUUUCUCUACAUCAACUGACGUGCAUUCCGGUCAGAAGAAUUUGGUUACAACCGCUGCCUGGCCACUUUCUUCAAUUACAAAAACACGCUGUAGGGGACCCGUUCGUCGUCCUUCAAACAAGAUUCGUAGUUCUGCAUUAAAUGACCAUGAGUCAUCUGACGUCUUAUCUCGUACCUUUGCUGCACAUUGUGAAGGUAUUUCUGAGGUGAAGAAGGACAACUCUCUUCAUCAACGAGAAACUAUUAGUCCUGGGAUACCAUCAUUGCAACCCGUUAUAAUGUCUACUUCAAUGGAGAUUUCAAAACAUUCAUCUGUUUCCUAUGUUGAACAGAUGACGAAACAAUCGUCGAUAUAUCUACAUGGAGGCUUCAACUUUAGACGUGAACGUAAUGGCAAUGCUAGUGAGUUGGUGAAUCGAGAAGCCAUACGUGCUUAUUGCUCCUUCGUAUCGCAUAAGGAUUUUAUGGAUAGCUAG